UCUUCUACACCCCGGUGGUGAGCUAAACGCAACAACUAGUCUAAAAAUUGUGUCUUAUCGAAAAUUAAAUAAAUAAAAAAAUAAUUCGUGUACUUCUCGAAUUGAGGGCUUCAUGUGCGAAUAAAAUAAGAACAUUAUAAAGAGAAAGAAAGAAAAAAAACAGAACAGUUAUAGUCGAUCGUUUGAAUACGGAAAAUGGCGGAUCGUGAAUAGAGACCGUCGUUUUUGGAUAUAUCAAAUCCAAUUCUUCAUGCAAAUUCAUGAUUAUUUCGUUUCCCGUGGAAAAUGUUGGUGAGAACUUAUUGCCGUGCUUAGGGCUCCCGUGUGUGCGUGCCGACCGGAAAAUCGAUACCGUGUAAUGCUGACUGUCUAGGUCUAAUUUAAACUGUCCCGGCUAAUAGACUGUUGUUCAUGUCAAAGAAAAAAGAGGAAGAGUAGCUUAGCUCCCUUCGAAGAGAUGACGACGGAGAACGCGACGCCUGGCCAGGCGGACGCCAGCACGGCGUUCCUACGCGCUGCCCGUGCCGGAAACAUCGAGAAGAUCAUCAGUCUUCUCGAGCAAGGCGUUGAUAUCAACGUCAGUAAUGCGAAUGGCCUAAAUGCCAUCCAUCUCGCUUCCAAAGACGGCCAUGUCGAAGUAGUGAGGGUCCUGCUGGAGCGAGGAGCAGCAAUCGACGCGGCCACCAAGAAAGGGAACACAGCACUUCAUAUUGCUUCUCUGGCUGGUCAAGAGGCAGUCGUUAAACUACUCGUCCAAAAUGGAGCUCAGGUCAACAUCCAAUCCCAGAAUGGCUUCACACCUUUGUAUAUGGCAGCCCAAGAGAACCACGACGGUGUGGUCAAGUUUCUUCUUGGUAACGGUGCGAACCAGAGCCUUGCCACUGAGGACGGAUUCACGCCUCUAGCGGUGGCGAUGCAACAAGGACACGAAAAAGUAGUGGCAGUUCUUUUAGAGGCAGACACCCGCGGUCGAGUGCGACUACCAGCCCUUCACAUUGCAGCCAAGAAAGACGACGUGAAGGCUGCUAACUUACUCUUAGAGAACGAGCACAAUCCAGACGUGACCUCUAAGUCUGGAUUCACUCCGCUACACAUCGCGGCGCAUUACGGCAACGAAGCAGUCGCAAGACUCUUGCUGGCCAAAGGCGCUGACGUCAACUGUGCUGCGAAACACAAUAUCUGUCCUUUACACGUCGCUGCCAAAUGGGGCAAGGAGAAUAUGGUAGCUUUGUUAUGCGAUAAUGGGGCGAAUGUAGAGGCCCGCACUAGAGAUGGGCUGACCCCUCUACACUGUGCCGCCAGAUCUGGCCACGAGAGAGUCGUUGAAGCUUUACUUGAUAGGGGUGCUCCUAUUACCAGUAAGAGCAAGAACGGUCUAGCCCCGCUGCAUAUGUCGGCGCAAGGCGAACACGCCGAGGCGGCGCGCGUGCUCUUGUCGCGACGCGCCCCCGUCGAUGACGUCACCGUCGACUACCUCACCGCGCUUCAUGUAGCCGCUCACUGCGGUCACGCUAAAGUCGCGAAACUGCUUUUAGAUAGAAAUGCCGACGCGAACGCUAGAGCCUUGAAUGGCUUCACACCUUUACACAUCGCCUGCAAGAAAAAUAGGAUCAAGGUCGUUGAGUUACUCCUCAAAUACGGUGCAAGUAUCCAGGCAACAACAGAAUCAGGUCUUACGCCCCUCCACGUGGCGGCUUUUAUGGGCUGCAUGAACAUCGUGAUUUACUUACUCCAGCACGAGGCGAAUCCUGAUGUUCCCACGGUCAGGGGGGAGACACCGCUACAUUUGGCAGCAAGAGCUAACCAAACUGACAUUAUCCGUAUUCUCCUACGUAACGGAGCGGCCGUUGAAGCCAAGGCUCGUGAGAGGCAAACGCCUCUCCACAUCGCGUCUCGACUCGGUAACGUCGACAUCGCAGUACUGCUGUUACAGCACGGCGCUGACGUCAGAGCCAUUACUGCUGACCAUUACAAUCCACUGCACAUCGCUGCCAAACAGCACAAUCACGAUGUUGCAGCAGCUUUAAUUGAACACAACGCACCCCUAACUGCCACCACAAAGAAAGGGUUCACCGCUCUUCAUCUGGCUGCGAAGUAUGGGAACCUGAAGGUUGCGAAUCUUUUACUGGCUCAUGGUGCAGCCCCGGACCAAGCUGGUAAAAAUGGCAUGACUCCUCUACACAUCGCUGCACAGUACGACCAGCAAGCCGUCGCCACUACGCUCCUUGAGAAAGGAGCUGAUGCUAAGGCUGUAGCCAAGAACGGGCAUACACCUCUUCAUAUCGCGGCCCGUAAAAAUCAAAUGGAAACCGCAGCCACGCUCCUCGAGUACGGAGCGUUGACUAACGCUGAGUCGAAGGCUGGAUUUACUCCUUUGCACUUGGCUGCCCAGCAGGGUCACACCGAAAUGUGCGCUCUGCUUCUCGAACAUAGCGCUGAACCAGAGCAUCAGUCUAAAAACGGGCUGGCAGCUUUGCAUUUGGCUGCUCAAGAAGAUAAGGUCCCAGUAGCACAACUGCUAGUGAAGCACGGCGCUGAGGUGGACAUCUGCACUAAGGGCGGCUACACGCCUCUACACAUUGCCAGUCAUUAUGGCCAACCGAACAUGGUGCGCUAUUUACUCGAAAAUGGUGCUUCUGUUAAAGCUCAAACCGCACAUGGUUACACAGCCCUACAUCACGCCGCUCAGCAGGGUCACAUUAACAUUGUGAAUAUUCUACUUGAACACAAAGCAGAUGCAAACGCGACGACUACGAGCGGACAAACGCCUUUGGAUAUAGCGUCCAAGCUGGGUUACGUAACAGUGAUGGAGACUCUUAAGGAAAUAUCAGAGCCGUCGUCGGCACCAGCCUCGCAGGAAAAGUACAAGGUGGUCGCCCCGGAGACCAUGCUUGAGACCUUCAUGUCUGACUCGGAGGAAGAAGGUGGUGAAGACACCAUUCUAAACGACCAGCCAUACAGAUAUCUGACCGCCGAUGAUAUGAAGUCUUUGGGAGAUGAUUCUCUGCCAAUCGACGUGACUAAGGAUGAACGAACAGAAUCCGCCAUGAGCCAUAAGAAUAUCAUGGAAAUCUCUCAAGGGUCUAUGAACGGGAUUCCGUACCAACCUCAGCAAGAAGUGGUGGUGAAGAGCAUCAGUCGUUACAGUACUGCACAGGCUCCUGAGGCGUAUUGCUACAACGUGGAUCCAACACAACCCAAAAAGAAAUUGCAGUGGAAGAAUUUCUUGGUAUCCUUCCUUGUGGACGCCCGUGGAGGGGCGAUGCGUGGUUGCCGUGGGGGCGGAGUAAGGGUCAUCGUUCCACCACUUUCUGCACAGCAACCUACCAGAAUUACUUGCAGAUAUCUGAAACCGUCUCGUAUUAAUCACAUGCCGCCUUUGAUGGAGGGCGAGGCUCUUGCUUCGAGAGUUUUAGAAAUGGGACCUGUUUCUGCUAAAUUUUUAGGGCCAGUUAUCUUGGAGGUGCCCCAUUACGCUUCACUGCGAGGCAAAGAACGAGAGAUUGUGAUCCUCCGUUCAGAUAAUGGCACUAGCUGGAGGGAGCAUAAUGCUGACGCUACAGAUGACGUGGUUCAAGAUAUCCUGCACGAGACCUUAGAAAUUGAAGAAGCUAAUGAAGAUGAGAAAGGAUGGGAUGCUCCGCGUCUCACCAGGAUCCUGACUCACGAUUUCCCGCAAUAUUUUGCUGUUAUAUCGCGCAUACGUCAAGAAGUACACGCUAUUGGACCUGAAGGUGGAAUGGUUUCAAGUUCAGUCGUUCCACAAGUCCAAGCGGUCUUCCCUCAGGGAGCUCUGACGAAGAAGAUCAAAGUUGGCCUCCAGGUAAAUCUGUUCAAGCCACGGACCGGCGUUAAAGAUAAAAAUCUUAAAAAGAUAACCGUCAACAAUGUAUCAAAGAAGAAAAGAUUUUCAUUGAUUUGGUAAUUUUAAGCCAACACGAUUCUGUGAAUCGUACUCGUAAACUAUUUACUAUAUCGGUGGUUUGAGAACGAUUCAGUAUUAGACGCUAGCGACAUAGUCGGCUUAACAUAAUCUAAUGAAGUAUUGUAACGAGUUCUUUGAUUCUCUGACAUUAACUAUUUAUUAAUAAAUAAUAGAAUUUUACUAGUGUAUGUCACUUUUAAAGUAUUGGUAGUUACCAUUAGUGAUAAAUUUUCGAAAUUUAAAAUGUAAUCUUUCAGUUUGGCAGUCGCAAUUAAUUUUUAGCUUGUUAAUGAAGUCGUUGCUGUAAUAGUUAUAGCUGAAUAAGCCAAUUCAUGAAAAUGAAAGUACAAAAUAGGAAUGCCAAAGUUGAUGACGUCCGAUAAUUUUAAAGUCGUCACAUAAACCAAUUGAAAGAAAUUAUUUUUAUAACCAAAUAUAGCAUAAAAUAAGUCGAAUAGAAUGUUUUGUACCGAAUUUUACCAAGUUUUACUGUGUUUUCAUUCAUAAAACUAAUUUUACACUGUUUUAAUAAUCUUUAUAUCUUAUAUAAAAAGCUAUGUUUUUAUUUUUAUUAAUUUAGUAUUUAUUUGUGAUGUAGUCAAUCCUAAAUAGCACCUAGAAUAACUCCUUAAGCUAUUUAAACGUCAUACCCAAUAAAUUUAGAAUACACUGU